AUGUCCAAGAAGGCGCCACAUAUUCCAGAAGGAUUUCAAGAUAUUUUAGAAUCAUUAUCCUACGAUGUUUUGAAGGCCCAACCGAAAGAUGUUCUCCGCUUUUGCGUCGAGAACCUCAGUGGAAAACUACGUUCAAUGAUGCCAGAAAAUGGAGUACUUGUCACUCAAAGUGAAGCUGGUCCACCGGCUGCAUCCUACGCACGUCGUGGAGGUGUCGCUGCUGAAAGUUGGGAUCCCGAGAAUGAAGCAACACAUGAAAAGGUGGUAUAUCCUAAAUCGGAAGAACAAAAGGCUGCUUUGAUAGAAUCAGUGAAGAAAAUUUUACUGUUUCGGUGCCUAGAUGAAGAUGAUCGAAUGGAGGUAGUCGACGCAAUGUUCGAGAGGAAAGUAUCACCAGGUGAGGAUGUCAUCACGUACGGAGAACCGGGAGAUAAUUUCUACAUUAUUGAAUCCGGAACAUAUGAUAUCUACAUAUCUGCCGAUGGUGAAAUGAAAAAAGUAUCGCAGUAUGUCGACAAAGGAUCAUUUGGGGAGUUGGCUUUGAUGUACAAUACACCCAGAGCAGCAACCAUCCGAGCGGUGACUGAUGGAACCCUUUGGGCUAUGUCCAGAGACACCUUCAGAUCAAUUGUUCUCACGAAGGCGUUUAAAAAGCGAAAACUGUAUGAGUCCCUCCUUGAGAGCGUCGAUUUACUGAAAGAUCUAAGUCCGUAUGACCGUAUGAGUCUCGCGGAUGCUCUGCAUACACGAAUAGUUGAGGCCGGUGAACCUGUCUUUUUACAAGGCGAAGUCGGACAAGAAAUGUAUUUUAUCGAAUCUGGUGCUGUGAGCGUCAAAAUGAAACCAUCAAAAGAAGGUGCGGAAGAAGUAGAAUUGUGUCAAUUAGGACAAAACGACUAUUUUGGAGAGUUGGCAUUGAUAACGAAAAACCCUCGAGCAGCUUCUGUGAUAGCCACAGAACGCACUCGUCUGGCUGUACUCGAAGUAGACAGCUUUGAAAGGAUCCUUGGACCGUGCAAAGCCACACUUGAACAAAAACAAGAGGAAUAUGCAGAAAGACGCCAACAGAUCUCAACAGAUGCGCCGGCUAUAUAA